AGACAGACAGCGGAGCUGUCAGAGUGAGUGGAGCAGCCCAGAGGCACCGACAGGCUGGGAAAGCGCUCAGAGUCUCCAGUGAAGACCGCCGCUUCACUCGUGUCUCCACUCCGAGGACAGCUCGUCCACACUCGGGACAGCAGGGACAAGGCUGCUGCAUUGGUUUGUGUUGCUUUUUCCUGUAGGAGACAUGGCUGAUGUAAGUUUGAUCGAGUCGUCCACCGAGGACGUAGCCAACAGGUUUGCUCGAAAAGGUGCGCUGAGGCAAAAAAACGUCCACGAAAUCAAGAACCAUAAAUUCAUAGCCAGGUUCUUCAAGCAGCCGACCUUCUGCAGCCACUGCACCGACUUCAUCUGGGGGUUUGGAAAGCAAGGAUUCCAGUGCCAAGUUUGCUGUUUUGUGGUCCACAAGCGGUGCCAUGAACUUGUCACGUUCUCCUGCCCGGGGGCAGAUAAGGGCCCUGACACAGACGAUCCCAGAACAAAACACAAGUUCAAGAUCCACACCUAUGGGAGCCCCACCUUCUGUGAUCACUGUGGCUCUCUGCUCUAUGGUCUCAUUCACCAGGGCAUGAAGUGUGACUCCUGUGACAUGAACGUCCAUAACCAGUGUGUUAUGAACGUGCCGAGCCUUUGUGGAACUGAUCACACUGAAAGAAGAGGACGUCUUUACCUCAAAUGUGAGGUCAGCGAGGACAAGCUGCAGGUUACAGUAAGUGAAGGCAAAAACCUCAUACCCAUGGACCCCAAUGGCCUAUCUGAUCCAUAUGUCAAACUGAAGCUCAUACCAGAUCCCAAAAACGAGACCAAGCAGAAGACCAAAACGAUCCGCUCCAACCUCAACCCCAGAUGGAAUGAGACCUUUACUUUCAAGCUGAAGCCUUCAGACAAAGACCGCAGGCUGUCUGUGGAAGUGUGGGACUGGGACCGGACCACCAGGAAUGACUUCAUGGGGUCCCUUUCCUUUGGAGUGUCAGAACUCAUGAAGUCAUCAGUCUGUGGCUGGUACAAGUUAUUGUGUCAGGAGGAGGGGGAGUACUACAACGUCCCCAUCUCUGUGGAGGACGAUGGUAACGAGGAACUGAGGGAGAAAUUUGAGGACCAAGCAGCUAUGGAGGCCUGUGAUCAGAAAGCCAAACUGGGCCCUGGGAAGAAGGUGAUCUCAGAGACGGACAACGGCCGUUCCACUAACCUCUCGUCCAACAACCUGGACCAAGUCAAACUCAGCGAUUUCAACUUUCUAGCCGUACUGGGAAAAGGCAGCUUUGGCAAGGUUAUGCUGGCCGAGAUGAAGACCACAGAAGAGCUUUACGCCAUAAAAAUCCUAAAGAAGGAUGUGGUGAUCCAGGAUGAUGAUGUUGAAUGCACCAUGGUUGAGAAGAGAGUCCUGGCCCAACAGGACAAGCCCCCGUUCCUCACACAGCUCCACUCGUGCUUCCAGACUGUGGACCGCCUGUAUUUUGUCAUGGAGUAUGUGAAUGGAGGAGAUCUAAUGUAUCACAUCCAACAAGUGGGCAAGUUCAAGGAACCCCAAGCAGUAUUCUAUGCAGCAGAGAUCGCUGUCGGCCUCUUCUUCCUGCACCUUAAAGGAGUCAUUUAUAGGGACCUGAAGUUGGACAACGUGAUGUUGGACUGUGAGGGUCACAUUAAGAUCGCUGACUUUGGCAUGUGUAAAGAGAACAUGGUGGACGGAGUGACCACGCGAACCUUCUGUGGCACUCCAGACUACAUAGCUCCUGAGAUCAUUGCGUAUCAGCCAUAUGGGCGAUCUGUAGACUGGUGGGCGUAUGGAGUUCUGCUCUACGAAAUGUUGGCUGGACAGCCUCCGUUUGAUGGUGAGGAUGAAGAUGAGUUGUUUCAGUCCAUCAUGGAGCACAAUGUGUCCUACCCUAAGGCCAUGUCAAAGGAAGCAGUUUCCAUCUGCAAAGGGCUGAUGACCAAACACCCGUCCAAGCGUCUGGGCUGUGGCGCCGAAGGAGAGCGAGACAUCAGAGAACACGCCUUCUUCAGACGGAUCGACUGGGAUCGCCUGAAGAACAGAGAGAUUCAGCCGCCUUUCAAGCCCAAAGUGUGUGGCAAAGGAGCAGAGAACUUUGACAAGUUCUUCACACGUACCCAGCCCCAGCUCACGCCACCCGAUGAGCUGGUCAUAGCCAACAUCGACCAGGCAGAGUUUGCUGGAUUUUCUUUCAUCAACCCUCAGUUUCGACACCCAUCGCAAGUCAACAGUGAAUGAGAAGGGUUAGGGUUAAAGCUGAUGAAGAAGCUCCUUGUUCACUGCCACCCAUUUAAACCAUCAAACAAAUGACCAGACCAUCAAUUCCCACAAAGGAUCCUAAUGUAUUGGUGUAGUUCCACAACAGGAGUCAAGGGCAUGCAUAUUUGCUUUGUACAAUAGUUGUUGCAGUGUAGAUUAUGGACUGGAUAGAUUUGUCAAGUGCAACAAAAAACUAUUUUUAGGCUUGUGUCUUACUGGGCUGUGACUGUUGGUGACUAUCUGGAUACUUUCCCAUAUGUCAAAACUAAGAAGAAAUUGCUACAAGAUGUGUAGUCGCUAUUUAGUCACCAAGUGUCUUAAUCAUGUCCUAAUUUUCCCUAAAUGUCAGAUUCUAGUCAUUUGUCUCUAAUCAAAACUUACUCUCCCACAAAAUUUUUCACUUUCUAACUAACUCACAGAAAGGACAUCACAAAGUUUUGUUUCCUUUUUAGGAGUUCUGGGAAAUUUUUGGGAGGUGACAGGGAAAAUCCACUGGCUCUGUUCUCUUAGCCGUCUCCACACAAAAGUGACCCGACUUUGCUAAGACGUCAGUAUGUCGUUACCAUUUCAGCAGUGAGUAAUGUCACAGACCAGUGCCAAAACACAUUCAUGGACAAUAAUAACAUUGAAGAUGUUUGAGUCUCUCACAGUGCACCAUGAUUUAAUCCAUUCAAGGGAUGAGAAGUGCGGCUGUGUAACGUGGAAAGAGGCAUUCAAUGACCAGAAAAAAAUGUUUUUAGGGUGCUCUGUAGGAAAACCCAAACCACCAUGAAUUAUUGCAUAGUGGAGGGAUUUCCACUGCAUUUUCGGCAUUGGGAGUUUAGAUUUUAAAGAGUAUUUUAUUUUCCUUUCAUUCUGCUUAUCAGCAACUUCCAAUUUUACAAAUGCAGGUUGUCUGGCGAUGUCAUUUUUUACUGAGCUACAACCAAUCAGCAUGAGUUAACCACAAGUCCCACCCAGCGAGUGUACCGCCAUUUCUUUGUACACACCAAAUUUCCAGUACUCAGUUGGUGACUUAUGGGCCAUUCCCAUCUGUACCGGGUCGGCCCGGGCCGGGUAGCGUAGGUUGUUUACAUAUCUGGGCGGCCUGGUAUUUUUCCGGGCCAACCAAGGCUCAUUCUCAGCCCUCUUCUCGAGGGGGUCUGCUUCAGGUCGACCAGGACCAACACACCCACUGCUGACAGCAAAUUCACACCUUCCAUUAGAGCAAGCCUCUGAUUGGUGGGUAGAAUCAGCCCACAUGGGCUUAAGGCAAGGAUGUGGGGAAUCAACCGGGCCAGGCUGGGGCCGACUGGGGCUACCCGGCCCGGGCCGACCCGGUGCAGAUGGGAAUGGCCCAUUAAAUGUCUCGGAAAGUGGUACUGUCAGACCGGCCCAGUAAACUGGAGACACGCAUACCGUGAAGGUUAAGUCAACUCAUUCACUGCCAGCCGUUUCCUGAUCAGUAAAGCCCUUUCCUGCCAGCGUUUUUCAAUGCUUUUACUGGGUUUUUUUAGGAGUCACAGAACGUUGCGCUCUAUGAUGAAGUCAACGCCAAAACUAACAAAACAAAGAGGAGACUCGCCUUUUACAUCAGGAAGAAUCCGCGUGUUUUGAGCGUUAUCUGUUCUUUCAUAAUCCGUUGUCGAAUUGGGAUCGGCAGAUCCUUUUCUGGUUUGCGCCUUGCUUUUUUUACAUUAGCGGCCCAAAACGAUCUCCUAACGCAUGGAUUUUCUGCUUCCUGAUCAAGUGACGUGUGACGUACACGGAUGAAGAUCGGCUUUGGAGCAAAAUUCACUGCCAAUGAUAACAAAAGCCAUCACUGGCAGUGAAUGAGUUAAGUUAAGCCUGAUUUAUGCUUCUCCGUCUGCGUCAGUGCGGAGACACGCAACGCCAUUAUCCGUCCUUGCGUAGGGAUCCGGCAGGCACGCAAGUACGUACGGAGUCGAGCCCACUUUUUUAAACAUCCGUCGAACGAGACGGAUUACGCAAGCUUGUGAUUGGUCAGGACGCCGCUGUUGUUUACAGCGCCGCCAUUGCAAAGAGAACCGAGGAUAACUAGCGGCAGACACGGAGAAGCUUGAAGAAUACCUCGCGAAAAAACUCUAAAAAUAUCAUCGUUUAAUUCUCCCGUGACUGCAGGAGUGAAGAGAUGCGCAGCAAGCGUUUUAUUUGUGGACAGAAAUGACAGGAAACGUGGGUUUAGAGGUGGGGAGCGCAUGAAGCGGUGGGAGAAUGAGAGACAAAUAUGUCCGUGUUAAAAGUCUCUUAUAUACACAAAAACACAAUAUAAACACACUAUCUUGGACCGAUACAUGACAGGAUACCACAGAACAGCGCUACGCCCUCUGUUGUCCUGCCGGGAAAUUGCUUUGCAACACUCUCCAGGAGACGGAGAAGUAUGAAAGCAAAACGCUUCCGUCAAUCCGUGCGUGUCUGUCCCCUGCGGAGCUGACGGAGUAAACCAGGCUUAAGGGCCAGAAUACACUUGCUUGUUAAAGACACGUACGCAUGUUUAAAAUUCCUCGCAUAACUUGAGUUGAUUUAAAGAGUUGUUUGUGCGCUUCCCCCCAAAUUUACACAAAUUAAUGAGAUGCGUUCGCAGUCUUUAAUAUACAAAUAACCAAGAUCCGGGCUGUCUUUUUUCUGCUGUUAUCUCAAAAUUAACCAGCAACUGAUUUCUUCUGUUGACGCCAUGUUUAUUUUGGUUGUAGGCAAGGCAGCUUUAUUUGUGAAGCACAUUUCACACACAGAGGCAAUUGUCCCCCCACAAACAAACUCUCUACCCAGUCUGAGUACCCUAUUGUGCCCUCUAGCAGAACCCUCUAGUACUACAUGCAGUGCGGUGCAGCAGCAAGUACAAGAACAACGACGUAGCCUGCACCAGCGCGAGGUCAAAAAAGUAUAUUUCAGCCCUUACACAGAAGUUCUGGUGGUGGAAACACGUCUUAUAUUUGGACAAAAUUCUUUAUUCAACGAUGUUAACAAGACAUUUUGAAAAGUUGCUUGUGAAUGCCGUUCAUAAGUCAUCACCAACAGUCAUAUCCAGUGAGAUGCUUGCUGUAGAAAUGAUGAUCACUCCCUGUAGAAGAAUGUUUCUCUGUAAGACACUGAGACAGGCUGUUUUAAACCUGUGCCAGUAUAGGUUUUAGAGAAUACAAUCACGUGUUUACAAAUCUCAGUGGAUUAAAGUGCUAUGAGUAGAUCUAAUUGGUGAGAAGCUGUCUGUUUGUCAAUAAUUAAAACGCGAAAGUGUAAAAGGAACGGUAGAUACUAUUAUUAGCCAAAUAUUGAGGGCAGGUGGUGCAGGUGUUGAAACGGCACUUUGUGAUUCAAUGUUUCCUGUAUCAUGUUUACAGUUUUCUUCUUGUUUAUUUUAUUUUAUUUUAUUGUAUGGUGAUGGUAUACAACCUUAGAAAAUUAUUUUUUAGACUACAGUCUGAAUAAACAGGUAAUUAUUUGCAUCCUGUAUCAAAAUAACUGAGAUAUUUAGAUGUGAAUGGCUUUGAUUAUGGCAUAAAAAUGUUAAGUGUUAAAUCUAAUAAUCCAAACAUUUUACUCAGAAAAUGGCACUUCCAUAACGGAGAGAACCCAUCAGUCAGUUUUAGUACCCAGUUAAUCAUCAUUUAGUAUUUACUGCUGGUUCUGGCUUUAUCCAUGACUAGAAAGCCUCCCAUUGGCCACAAAUGUCUUAAAAGUAACCCAUAAGGAUGUUUUGUGUCAUCUGGUGUUGUUGCGUAUUAAUCACUUAAUGUUUUACUGCAAUACAGUAUCUGCUCCAAACACAUUUGCCAGGUUUUUUUUAUUCAGACACUUACUCGUGAUCUUGAUAAUUAAUUAGGAGUCAUAGUUAAUUUUAUUCUUGUUUUCCCAGCAUCAUUCUGUAUUAUAUUUAAAAUGAGGUUAUUUACUCUCUUUUUUUCCCUGUCUGUGAUUUCAUCUGAAUUUUUACACUUAGAUCAGAUUAAUAAUCUAGCUUUUUAAAAACAUCAACAUGUAACUCCUUUGUAAAUAAUUGAGUUAUUUAGAAAAAAAAUUAUAGCAAGUUGCAUUUUUAUACCAACACAUACAUGUGAUUUUAUUACCUUAGUUAGGAAAGCCAAUAUGUGUAUGUCAGUUAAAAAUACUGAGAGCUGCACCCAGAACAGAUGUUUGUAAUAAUUGGUUGCCAUACAGUCCAGACUGAAAACGUUUGACAUAUCUCUUAAUCCUUGUUUAGUAUUUCCUUUUAAUACCAGUAACGUGGGCUGCAGUUUUGUGUUGACUGGAUGCAUUUGUAGGUGUUGGCUGUCCCUUUGUGUCUGCAUGCUGGUUGUGGGCAACCUUCAUGCAUGAGACCUGGUUGAUGCUGCAUGCUGCGGAGUUUGAACCGAUAAGGUGUACAGUGUCAGAGAUUUUCAAAUCAGAAUUAACGUUUACAGUCUUGAAGUGCUUCCCUAUUGACAGAUUCACACCUAUGUCACUGUAGAAAGGGGUGUCCAUCCUAUGUUUCAAACUGUUCCUACUUGGCAACGUCCUCAUUGUCUGUCUAUUGAGAUUGUUUUAAACAUGAACUCUUGGUAAAAUGCACGUUUUGUCUCAGCACGCUCACACAUCGAGUAUCGGACAUGAAUCCUGCAUGUUUGAUUAAUAAAUCUAAAACAACAAUACGAUUUAGGGUGAAUAAUAAAUGCAAACACUGUUUUUGAUUGGUUAUCAUUGUAAGUAAAUUUGAGCUCACUUGUCGAGUGACACAGCUUUUCUGUGAUACUGCCAAUCCUCACACAUUACUGAUACUUUGUGACAUAAACCAGACAUUUCCCAGUGUAUUGACUGAAUCAGAUGCAGAGCUUUUCUUGAGAAAUUGCUGCCGCUGGUGGUUUUAAAUCAGGGCUCCUUCAUCUAUUAGCCUAAUAAAUCCACGUUUUGGCACUUGGUUAUUUUCACUCGUACAGACAGGGGCGUAUCCAGGGAGUGGCCUGGGGUGGCACAUGCCACCCUUGGAAUCUGAUUGGCCACCCCAGGUGCCACCACACUAAUUUACCUUUAAAUAGGCUUUUCAUUGUUCACAAAAGGCUUGGGGGUAAAACAACAAAAAGCAUAACCAUUGGUGCCACCCAUGCACAAAGUUGUGCCUCACCUGGGCCACCCCAUUGUAAAAGAUCUGGACACGCCACUGCGUACAGAGGAUUGAAACUUUGCUACGUUCUCCACGGUCUUUUAGAAUGUGGCUGGUUUGCAGCAAAUUUGGAAACCUCCUUUACUGUGAAGGCAAUUGUGAUGCUACUUGGCCCAAGCUACUAGUAAAAAAGGGUUUUCUCAGUUAUUUUCUUGAGUUUUUUUAGUCUACCACUCGGACCCAUGGUCACACUUCAUUAGGCCUCAUCCAGCUGCUAGAACGCCACACACGCUCAUGAUGGGGCCCUGACCAAAACCUCACAACAGAAAUUUUUGUGAAUUUCAAAGCCGUCGUGAGCCUAUCACCUUCUAUUAAAAGUUAACGAUGGACCCACUGCUUUCUUAAUACGCACCUGGAGAUCUCAACAAGACUCUGCAAUGACCAUCGUUGUUUUGGUAGAUUUUUUUGGCCCAUAGGGAGACCUUCCUUCUGUGUAAAGAGAGCUUUAGUAGGGGUGUGUAUUGCCAAGAAUCUGGCAUUAUGAUAAAUAUCACAAUGCAGAGGAGACGAUACGAUAUUUGCAAUAAUAAAAGCCAGAUGAUGUUUGCAAGUUGAAUCAAACUGGAAAACUGAGGUGCUUGUAAUAUUCAGUGUUAUCGCAAGAUCUCGUUCCAGCAGAAUGAAGGCGGUAAGAACUACUGCCACCUUGCAGUCGGAGUUUGAAUUGUACCACAAAAAAUGUAAAUUCUCAUUAAAAAUAGAUACUUGCAUCUUAACCUUGACUCAGUAUCAUAACACAAAAUAUUGUGAUAUUUCAGUGUGUCAAUAUUUUCUGACAUCCCUAGGCCUCGGGAUGUUAAUGUUUAGUUGUUCCGGUUUAGUCUUGCACGAAUGAGCAUUUCCGGACUACAAUACAUUUUUUUUCAAUCUCACCCUCAAGAAACUCAUUAUUUCAGCUUUAAAAAUUCCAAACACAAAUAAAUAAUUAGAUACUGAAAUCAAUCAUGUUUAUCCAAUGGCUGCACUUUACUGUUCUGCAUGUGCCAAACCUGGAGCGUCCCACAACCCAACGGUUAGCUGUGUAGCAACACUGAUGACUUCCUGUGGCAGCUUCUCAUACUUGCCACAAAAUAAAUCAUAGCACGUUGCCAUAGCAACACUUGUGCACAGUUGGUGCACAUUCACUUUAAUACUUGGGCUAAUUCUCAUGUUAAAUUUCCUGCUUGUGCUGUUUUGCCAGAGAUCGGCAGCGUUUCUGAAACAAAAACAUCUAGUUAACACAAAUUCAGAUUUAGGGUUAGUCAAAAACAGCCUUUGCUCCAUUUACCAUGCAGGUUUUAGACUCUAGCUUGAUCCCUUUAGCAGAAAGACUUGUGAUUUCAGCCUGUUGAGUCAGACUAUAGAAAAUGAUAGUCUUCCCCUGUGUGCCUGUCCCAACUUGUCCAGCUCUGUCCAGCUUUACUUUUACUGUGUACUCUUGUCUUAAAUAACUUUUUAAUAUACUUUUUAUUUCCCUCAUGCUUGUCCAUGUUCAUGUGAGGUUAAAAACAAACGUACUCAAAAUGUUUGUUUCUGACAAAGGUAACUUGUAGAGUUUGUGAAGAAGAACUGGAUUUCUCUUUGUUUGUAGGCUUGUUCGCUUCACCUUUACCUCCCUGUGCCUGUUACUUACCGAAUGAUUUAGGGAAAACGUGUUUUACACUGUGUACCAAACGGAUCUGAAGGGACAAGGAGAUGUGUUCAAAAAAUGUUGGAUCUUUGAAGACUUCCUGUGCCUCGUCCCGCUGAUCCAGUCCCCUCUCUGGUGCCUGAGCCGAGUCAGUCCAGCAUUUAUCAGUAGUAGUUUUCUUUAGAUGAAUGUGAUGCAGCGUCUUUCUUUGUUCCAGCGUUUCAUUUUUAGAGCUUUGUCCUGACAGAUGAAGUAAGCUGCUGUCCUCCUGGACAUGCAGUGCACAUUAUCAGUGAGAAUGCCUUACUGUAUAACCAAACCCACGUGUUCUCCGUCUGGUUAUUUUAUAACCGCUGCAGUGCUGUUCCCGUACCAAACGUACCUACAUUAGAUAUACACAGAGACUGUAAACAAAAGAAAAUAUUGUAUUUUGCAAAUGGUGUAUGUAUUUUUUUUCCUUGUCAGCCUGAUACCUUUAGAAUGAGUCUGAGCUACUUAACCUUGUAACUGAUUGUGUCAUUUGUACCUAAUGUAUGAUAAUGCAAGUAAAUAAAAGGAGAGAUGAGGUCCACA